AUGUCUCCUUCAUUCAUCGUUUCAUUUUUUUUCUAUAUACUUCAUUCAUCAUUGUACUUUACCUCUCUACUUCAUUCAUCAUUGUACUUUUCCUCUCUACUUCAUUCGUCAUUGUACUUUACCUCUCUACUUCAUUCAUCAUUGUACUUUUCCUCUCUACUUCAUUCAUCAUUGUACUUUACCUCUCUAAUUCAUUCAUCAUUGUACUUUACCUCUCUAAUUCAUUCAUCAUUGUACUUUACCUCUCUACUUCAUUCAUCAUUGUACUUUUCCUCUCUACUUCAUUCGUCAUUGUACUUUACCUCUCUACUUCAUUCAUCAUUGUACUUUUCCUCUCUACUUCAUUCAUCAUUGUACUUUACCUCUCUACUUCAUUCAUCAUUGUACUUUACCUCUCUAAUUCAUUCAUCUUUACCUCUCUACUUCAUUCAUCAUUGUACUUUUACUUUACCUCUCUACUUCAUUCAUCAUUGUACUUUUCUCUCUACUUCAUUCGUCAUUGUACUUUUACCUCUCUACUUCAUUCAUCAUUGUACUUUUCCUCUCUACUUCAUUCAUCAUUGUACUUUACCUCUCUACUUCAUUCAUCAUUGUACUUUACCUCUCUACUUCAUUCAUCAUUGUACUUUACCUCUCUACUUCAUUCAUCAUUGUACUUUUCCUCUCUACUUCAUUCAUCAUUGUACUUUACCUCUCUACUUCAUUCAUCAUUUCUUUUCCUCUCUACUUCAUUCAUCAUUCUACUUUUCUUCUCUACUUCUCUCUACUUCAUUCAUCAUUGUACUUUACCUCUCUACUUCAUUCAUCAUUGUACUUUUCAUUCAUCAUUCUACUUUUCCUCUCUACUUCAUUCAUCAUUGUACUUUUCCUCUCUACUUCAUUCAUCAUUCUACUUUUCUUCUCUACUUCAUUCAUCAUUGUACUUUUCCUCUCUACUUCAUUCAUCAUUGUACUUUACCUCUCUACUUCAUUCAUCAUUGUACUUUUCCUCUCUACUAUAAUUCAUCAUUGUACUUUCCUCUCUACUUCAUUCAUCAUUGUACUUUUCCUCUCUACUUCAUUCAUCAUUCUACUUUUUCUUCUUUUCCUCUUCAUUCAUCAUUGUACUUUUCCUCUCUACUUCAUUCAUCAUUGUACUUCAUUUUUACUUUACCUCUCUACUUCAUUCAUCAUUGUACUUUUUUCUCUACUAUAAUUCAUCAUUGUACUUUUUCCUUUCUACUUCAUUCAUCAUUGUAUUUUACCUCUCUACUUCAUUCAUCAUUGUACUUUUCCUCUCUACUUCAUUCAUCAUUGUACUUUACCUCUCUACUUCAUUCAUCAUUGUACUUUUCCUCUCUACUAUAUAUAAUUCAUCAUUGUACUUUUCCUCUCGACUUCAUUCAUCAUUCAACUUUUUCCGUCUCCUUCAGUCAUCGUUUCAUUUUUUCCUCUCUACUUCAUUCAUCAUUCUAUUUUUUCUGUUUAUGUCAUUCAUCGUUGUACUUUCCCAUUUCUGUUUAUAUUUACUUCACCCUAUUCGUAUCUAUCUAUAUCAUUUUUCUUUUUGCAGUGUAA